AUGGAAUGGUCCUUCUCAACCAAGCCCUUCUUUAAGCCUUCACCUCAAGAUGAAGGCUCUCGAAAGACAGGUUUUGAGUCUCUUCCCGGAGCCGAAAUCUUGACGGUUUCGAGCCCCCAAGGAUUUGUUCAGAAGAAGUUUAGUGGAAUCAAUUAUACGAUUGAAUCAUAUCCUAUUCAUAGUGGCGGCGAUAACAAAGAAAUCUCGAGCCAAUUAAACCGAACAUUUCUCCCAAUUGUGGGUACUACUGAUUUAAGGCAUGAUUUUAGGACUACCUCUAAAGUUCCGGCUCAAUUGACCAUCUUCUACAAUGGCCAAGUGUAUGUUUUUGAUGACAUAUCACCCGAAAAGGCUCGGGCCAUCAUGUUAUUGGCUGGGAAUGGUCAUUCUAUUUCCAAUAAAAUCGAUAUGCAAAAGAUCCCCAAGUCGUCGCACUUCGAUAAUUGUGUAAAAGGCCAGACGCUCAAUGUUUCAAUACCAUUCUGGAAAGAAAUUGAAAAUCGACAAAAAUCUGUAGUCAAUCUUCCUUUGAUGUCUCCUAAUGUCAAAUUGGAGCCUACUAAAGGAAGCCAAUCCCAUGUUCCAAUGGUAGCGGUUCCACAGGCUAGGAAAGCCUCCUUGGCGCGGUUCUUGGAGAAGCGCAAAGAGAGGGUACUGAAUGCUGCAUCCCCAUACAUCAAGAAAUCUCAAGAAUUUGUGUCUGAAGGCAAAAGCUUGUCUAUGAACUCUUCAUGGAAUUCAACUAAGAGCUAG